CGUCGCAUGAGAGUGGCCAGAGAUCCUUGGAAGCACUGGUGAUUUCAAUACGUCCCCAAAUUCUUUGUGUGUACAUUCUCCUUAUUUUCUUAUAACAACGAUUCCUCAUAUACAGACUACUUUUUGGAAGUUUGCCACAUCAUGAAUCGGCCAGGACCAGGCCCACAACCGCUCCGGGGUAUGUCUGGAUUCCCCGCACAGCAACAAGCACAAGCUCGGAAUGCGACAUUGGCAUCGACGCGCUUGCCAAACGGGAAACUAGGGAGCGGUGCUGCUUGGAAUUUCAACUUGCCCGUGGGUGGAACCCCAGGGAUUCAAAAUAACCAGCAGCGCAAUAUGGGCAAUAUUGGGUCUUUCGCACAGAGUCUCAGUGGAUCGCAACCCGCUACACCUCUUGAUUUGUCCGAUUUUCCUUCAUUAUCCGGCGCACCUCCACAGUCUCAGGCUCAAAAUCCGGGACAUUUAGUAUGGGCGAAUGCCAGCCAACGAGCAUUGCAACAGACCCCUGUCCAAAGGCAGCAACACCCCACGUCUCAAGCACCUUCGCGACCGCUUCAAACACAAUCACUUUCUCAACAACAGUCCCAACCCUCGCACGAUGACGUAUUUCCCUCUGGAGCCCAAUUCGCCAAUCGGCUUGAUGACUAUAGAAACGGUGGGCAGGGCAUCAGUGGUCAGUUAAGCACGGGCGCGCAACCACAAACAGGCAAUAUCGAGGAAUUUCCUCCGCUGGGACGGAAUGCUGCGGCAGAGCUUGGUCAAGACCGUAGGGGCUCCUUAAUGCAAAGUGCGGGAUUUGGCAGCUACAGCGCUGGCCUACCACUCACGGGCGCAAGUCAAGCCCAGUCUGCGCAGAAUCGCAACGUGAUCUCAGCGUCAAUAAACGGACAGGAAAGAAUCAUGUCGCCUGCCAACGCGGGGCCAGGAAGUAUUGGAACUUCACGAUCGCCUGUCAAUCAAGCGUCCAAUGGGAUUGUCGGUCAAGAGAAAGAGGACUUGAGCACCGCCGUGUUGUCAACUCAGCGCAGCUUCACCGAACCACAGCCUAUCUCUGGGGACGCACCAGAGCCUUCUGGAGCUGUCCAAAGUGCUGAGCAACCGCCAUUAGGCGAGAUGAGCGAGCUCGAUAAAUUUGGUCUGGCAGGCCUCUUGCGGAUGAUCCACAGUGAUAGCCCAGAUAUCGCGAGUCUUGCAGUAGGUCAGGACCUGAUGACAUUAGGCUUGGAUUUGAACCAACCGGAGCCCUUACAUACGACUUUCGCUUCACCUUUCGUUGCAUCCAUGGCGGGUGUGCCCCUAGAGCAGGACUUUUCCCUACCCUCUUGUUACAACGUUGCCAAUAUCCAGCCACUCCAAUCUCGUAUUGCCAGCUUUAGCGACGAGACACUGUUCUACAUUUUUUACAGCAUGCCGCGGGAUAUUAUGCAAGAAGUAGUUGCAGAAGAAUUGAUGGGUCGCAAGUGGAGAUAUCAUAAGAUUGAGAGGUGUUGGCUUACCCGUGAUGAGACAUAUCCCGGCCCUGUCGAUGUUGAGCGCGGUGUCAGUGAACGAGGUAUAUACCUUAUCUGGGACCCUGCCAGCUGGAAAAAGAUCAGACGCGAGUUUAUUCUCCGGUAUGAAGAUCUUGACAACAGAAUGGAUCCCAACAGAGGACUCGCACGCGUUGGAUUUCCACAACAUGGUUCAUGAAUAUCCCAGAGGAGCACAAUGAUGGAUUCAGCAACGGCGUUGGGCUCUUCCCAGUUUCCUAUGGUUGCUCCGGGCUGCCAGUGACCCAUAGCUGUUCUCAGGGCAUAUGUGGUCAAUAAGGAAAUGGGAUAUGCGUUAAAGAAAAUGACUAUCAUGAUCUUGUCACUCUUUGCACCUUUAAGCAGAUAAGCCAAUGCUGGCACUGAAUACCUAUGACUCGAGCGUAAUAUAGUCAUGCAUAUUCAUCUAAUCAUGAACC